AUGGUUAAUUCGGAUAUAGCUGGUUUGAUCUUGUCAGUAUCAACACAUGACGAAGCUGAAGGUGCUGAUGCUGAAGGGGUUGAGGGUGAAGCUGAAGGGGUUGAUGCUGAAGCUGAAGGGGUUGAUGUUGAAACCGGAGGGGCUGAUGCUGAAGCUAAAGGGGUUGAUGUUGAAGCUGAAGGGGCUGAUGCUGAAGCUGGAGGGGUUGAUGUUAAAGCUGAAGGCACUGAUGCUGAAGCUGUUGAAGCUGAAGGCGUUAAUAUGGAACAUACUUCUAGUUCUACUUCACAAAAUUCUUUGACACUUUCUAAAAGCACUGGUUCUGGUGGCACUGUUAAUAAAGAGAGAGACGCGAUGACGUCUAAUUUAUCAAGGUUUAAAAGAGAAGCAAAGCAGUUUUGCUUGAAUACUGCAUUGCACGGAUAUCGAUUUAUUAUUUUGCCAAAAAGAAUAUUUUUGGAAAAAUUCUUCUGGACAAUAAUUUGCCUCCUAGCAUUGAUAACAGCCUUAGCUCUUCUGUGCGUAGCGUAUUUAAGUUUCCAAGAAAAACCUACUGUUACGGUUACAGAUACUAGUCAUUACCCAAUUUGGCAUUACCAUUUUCCUGCUGUCACCAUAUGCGACUACAAUAAGAUAUCAAGGAAGAAAGCUAUGGCUUUUGCAAAUGAAAUAGCGAAAGAACAGAAUCUUGACGCAGAAGAUCUUGCUCAACAACUCAAAAUUCUUUUUUACCUGUUUGAGUACCGCAUGGGCCAAAACGUUCCUAAACAAAACUUCACCAAAUUACAAGCUAUACUUGACAGAGCUAAUAUUUCGAUAAAAUCGGCGUUGCAGAGUGUGUCUACAAAUUGUGACGAUAUGCUUAUGAAGUGUCUCUGGAAGAGUGAUGAGAAAAGAUGCGAUAGUAUUUUCGAGACUAUCAUAACUACCUAUGGAUAUUGCUGUAGUUUUAAUUACCACGCUUUGAAAAACCAUACAUUUAGUGGCAUUAUGGCAUACAAAAUACCAAAAAAUCCGAGAAGAGUUUCAGCUUGUGGCUAUCAAACUGGAUUAGAAGUUUUACUUAAUAACAAACCUGAUGAUUUUUUCGCAACCUUAAUACCUUCAUUCGGGCUUAAAAUUUUAAUACACAAUCCUUACACUUUCCCCGACUGGAACAUACAAAAUAUGUUAAUACAUUUAAAAACCGUCAACUUUAUUGGUCUCACCCCUACCAUAACCAUGUGCACGGAAAACGUGAAACACAUCGAAGUCGAACGAAGACAGUGUUGGUUUUCUUACGAACGCCAUCUUAUUUACUUUCAAAAAUACAACUAUCGCAACUGUAUGAUUGAAUGCAGAAUGAAUUUGACCAUAGAAAUGUGCCAGUGUGUGCCCGUAUACUUUAUCCCCAGACAUGCUACAUAUAUACCAGCCAGAAUAUGCAAUCUUUUAGAUAUACAAUGUUUGAUAGAAACGGCAGAUUUAAUUCGCAGCAGCAUACCUGGUUACAAUUUUUCCAAUCACCAGAUAGUACAGGAAAGUGCUAGUCAAAAAGGACGUUGCAAUUGUUUACCAGAUUGCCAUUUCAUUAUCUACAGCGCCGAAAGCUCAUUUGGAAUAUUAUCCAGGGAGUUUUCUAUGAAUCAUCAUAACUUAUAUGGAGGAGUACAUUUAAAGAAUCAUUCAGUAGUAAGGGUAUUUUUUAACGAUUUAGUAGGUGUAAAGAAUCGCACAGACGUCAAAUUUAACUGGCACAGCCUUCUUGUUCAGGUAGAAAUAGAUAGUAUACUGAUCAGUGCUUACAAGUAA